UUCAAGUCCUUCGCAUUUAAGCCUUGGAUUGGGAGUGAACUGUCACGUGAUGGGAAGAAGGCGUGGGCCGGGGGUUUUAGUUCUUGGCAACCGCUCUUUCCAUUUCCUGGCAACGGACGCGCCGGCAGCGGCUGCGAAGGUACUGGCACCAUGACUGAGAUCUACCCGCUGGCAGUGCCCAAAGGGCGGAAACUAAAGUGUGAGGUGUGCGACGCUCCGGCCGAGCGAAUGUGUGCGGCCUGCACGGUCACCUACUACUGUGGUAUUGCGCAUCAGAGAGCUGACUGGGUCAGCAUUCAUGAAAAAAUAUGCCAGCUUUUGAUCCCCUUGCGCACAACAAUGCCCUUUUACAAUUCAGAAGAAGAACGGAGGCAUGGCCGGGAGCAGUUGCUGCAGCGGCAGAAGCACUUAAUUGAGCUAUGUUACAAAGUAGCUCAGAAGUAUCUCUUUGAAGGAAAACAUGAGGAAUCUGUCCCUGCAGCUUUACAUUCACUUCGUUUCCGCACGAAUGUAUAUGGCUUGAAUUCAGUACAGUUGGUGCCUGCUUACCUGCUACUUUCUGAGGCCAGUAUUGGUCUUGGCCAUGUAGUCCAGGCAGAGGAAUAUCUCUCCCAGGCCCAGUGGACUGUUCUCAAGUCAACUGAUUGCAACAACGAAAUUCAGUCUCUUAUGCAUCGAAACCUGGGACUUCUCUAUACAGCUAAAGAAGAAUAUGAAGAAGCACGCUAUCACUUGGCCAAUGAUAUUUAUUUUGCCAGCUGUGUAUAUGGAUCAGAAGAUAUCAGAACCUCAGGAGGAUAUUUCCUCAUGGGUAAUGUUUUCAUUCACCAGAACAAGAUGGAUAUAGCAGACUCCCUCUACACAAAGGUAACUGAAAUCUGGCAUACAUAUUUAGAUCAACAUGUUCAAAAUCAGUUAAGUGCUCGCAAGCAACCAGCAGAUAUAUUGGCCAAGGAACUGGAAAAUGAUACUGGUUUAGAUGAAGCCCAGGAAGCAGAAGCAGUUCACAUCCUGGAAACCAUUUUAGAAAUUCGAGAAAACACAGGCAAAGAAAAGCCAGCGAGUAUUCUUUUUAUCUUGAAAACAGUAGCAAUACUUCAUUACCUAAUGAUGAAUAUAUCAAAGGCUCAUGAACUUGCUGUGAAAGCCUACCUUUUAUCUAAAGAGCUGCCCAAUAAAGAAGACGUAACUGAAGCCCUUCGAGACCUACUAGGCCUCAUUGCUUCCAAAGACCCAGUGACCUUGAAAGCAGCCAAGUUCUUUGCCGGCCAGGGACAAUAGAGGGACAAAAGUGGAUGCUGAAGAAGGGCUUAUAAUGCAUUAUAGCUGCUAUUUCAGCCUAGGAAAUUCAGUUUUGAAAUCUUACUCUCUACAAAUGUAUCCUAACAGUACCCAUUCUAAGGGAAAGUUGGAUUUUGUGAAGAGGGUGUAGAAGUCAUACUACUCCUUGAUUUGUGUGGCAGGACAUCAGGACAUUGGUGUAUUGUUAUGAUUUUGUUUUCAUGCUUUUUCUUAUGUAAAUUCCAUUAUCAUAGGAAACUGGGAGCAUUAGACUAGGGGUACACUCCUAGCUAUAUCUCAUUUUGUGCAUUAAUGUGAGUGCAGUUUCAGUUGAAUACAAUCAAUAAAUUAGGGAAAUGAUUUGCCUUUGACAUUUACUAGCUGUAUGAUUCAGGCAAAGCACCUAACUUCUCUGGGCCUCAGUUUCUUCAUCUGUAAAAUGGGAAAUUCUACUGGGGGAGUGUAAGGGAAGUGAUUGUAAAUCUUAGAUGCUAUAGCAUCACAUACAAAUGUGAUUUUUCAUUAUUCCAUUACCAGCAUUGUCCCCCAUACACAUUUUAUGGGUUCUUAACAAGUCUGUCCAGUUGCUAUCCUGUCUGUUAAGCUCCAAAUCUGAGCUCAAAGAUACUUUAGAGGCUUUGCAUAGACUUCCCCUUCUCUAUGAGCUUCCAUAUUCAUAGGAGGCACAGUGCAGACCCUGGAUAGCCACCAGUCAAGGAUAUUAUCAAGGCAUUUUGCUUGGAUGGGGGUUGGAUGAAAUUACUUGUGAGGGCUCUGAAUUGUGAUACUGCUCUCAAAGAGCUAAAUAAAUCCCUAAUAAUGGCAGCUGUCACAA